CGCUCAGUUUGUAUGGGAGCUGUCAACAUGCUCCCGGGCUGGGCGCACCGCUGGCAUCCCCGAAGACCCAAACAACAACCGAGGCCCUGGCCAAACCAAGGAGGAAGAAUGGUUCGUCCUCCAGGGCACGGUCAUCAAGGAGGAUCCAGCGCGGAUGGCUGCCAAAGGAGGAUGAGAAGCAGAGGACCGAUUGCUGCACCGGCACCAGUGGCGCUCUAUCCGGAUCGCACUUCCGCAAAUGGUUCUGCCGUGGUGCGAAUUCGCACAAACGGUCAAGCGAGUGAACUUUCUCCCUUCGGCAACAGUCGCUUCCCCAGCAGCAGAACAAACGUCCAGUACGGCGUUCAAGUGCCUAGUCGACACAGUGGCCCAAAACCAUUCCAGCUACUAUCUGCUGACCCAGCUGCUCAACAAGAACCAGCAGAGCGAGAUCUUGCGCCGCAUGAAGAACGCCGAGGCCGACACAAACCAACUAAAACAGCAGCUGGCAAGUCAACAGCCGCGCAUUCCGAUCCCGCAAGAGCUGCAGUUCCCCAUUUAGAAAACACACAGAACGUGCUGCUGCUAGACCAGCGCGGGAUGCUGUACGAGUAGGCCGUCGAACUGACCGCUGCCAAUUUAUCCAGUCCUUUCGUCGGGGCAGUUCCAACCUCCGGAGCAAACAAAUUUACCGCGCCGUCGGCUGCUAACCCAAUGUUCCCCGGCGGAUCAACCGCAGCCGAGCUGUCCAACUCGCUGCAGCAGAGGAUGCAUCUCUAGCAACCCCUGGGACGUCAUGCCGCCGGAGCCGGCCGUGGUCCGUCACCUGGAACCUCAACUGACCAGCUUAGAGUGCUGCGCAUUUGUUCCUUCAUUUUCCGAGAGAGAAUUAACUUCUUGCAGGAAAGCAGUUUUUCUUGUUCUGUUCAAAUUUCUGAAUUGUUAAU